AUGGAUCUGCUCCCGGCUCAGGAGGCGGCUAAAAUCUACCACACCAACUAUGUCCGAAACUCCAGAGCCAUCGGCGUCAUGUGGGCGGUCUUCACCAUCUGCUUCGUCAUCAUCACCGUGGUGGUCUUCAUCCAGCCCUUCUGGAUCGGCGACAGCGUCAACACGCCUCAGGCGGGCUACUUCGGCCUCUUCCACUACUGCAUCGGCAACGCCCUGACCUCCGAGCUGACCUGCAAGGGCAGCGUGCUGGACUUCAACUCCAUCCCGUCCCCGGCCUUCAGGACCGCCAUGUUCUUCGUGGGGACGUCCAUGCUGCUGAUCGUGGGCACCAUGGUCUGCUUCAGCCUCUUCUUCUUCUGCAACGCCGGGAACGUUUACAAGAUCUGCGCCUGGAUGCAGCUGGCCUCAGCCGCUCUGAUGGUGAUGGGCUGCAUGAUCUACCCGGAUGGCUGGGACGCGCCCGAGGUAAAGCGGAUGUGCGGCCAGAGGACCGACAAGUACAGUCUGGGCAACUGCACGGUGCGCUGGGCCUACAUCUUGGCCAUCAUCAGCAUCCUGGAUGCGCUGCUGCUGGCGCUCCUCUCCUUCACACUCGGAAACCGGCAGGACAAGCUGCUGCCCGACGACUUUGAGGUGGAGGGAACAGGUGAGUGGGUCUAG